AUGCUAAGAUUUCAGAAUACCUCAACAACUUGGAGAAACGCGAUUACUCACAUCAAAGCUCAUGUGCAGCUUGUCGGCACCUGGACUAACCAUACUUUCCGGAACUCCUCGGAUAAUUUCAGGAUUUUGAAACUGUUUGACAUUCCAGUUCAUCCACCUCGCACUACAUUGACCAAAGAAAUUUUCUGGACUCCUCCGCUUGAAAACUGGGUGAAAGUUAAUACUGAUGGAGCAGCCAAUAACGUUUCUUCAGCUUGCGGUGGUAUUUUUCGUAGCAGUACAUGUGAUUUUAUCGUCGGGUUCUCUGAAAAUUUAGGUCUCCAUAAUGCAUUUUAUGCUGAAAUCUCUGGAGCUAUGCGAGCUAUUGAAGUGGCACAACAACACCAAUGGCAACAUUUAUGGCUAGAAACUGAUUUGACUCCGGUGGUCAAAGCUUUUAACAACCAAGCAUCUAUCCCUUGGAUUCUUAGGAAUAGAUGA